AUGGGCUCCUACUCUCCACCCCGGAUUUUGUUCAUUGAUGCGUUUGACUCAUUCACCAACAACGUCAUUGGUCUUCUAGAACAAUCAAUCCAAGCAGACGUAACAGUCGUGCGAAUCAACAACCAGAAGUUCGCAAAUGGCCUGGAGACCUUUCUACCAGCCUUCGACGCCGUAGUCAUCGGCCCUGGCCCGGGAAACCCAGCCAAUCCUCAAGACGUUGGGUUCAUCGACCGCUUGUGGAACCUCUCAGACAAAUUGAUUUUGCCAGUCUUGGGCAUAUGCCUGGGACACCAGUCCCUAUGCCUCAAUCACGGCGCGAAUGUCACCAGGCUGACCUUACGACUAAACAACGAUGAGACUGAGGUGGUCCUGCUUGAUUCCCAAGGCCACCAAGGAGAAAGAGGAACAUUCAGCAUCCUCGGACUCGUGCAUCCACAGGAAACCCUCAAGGUCACCUACAAGGUUGACGAUAGGCGCAUACGCUGGGGAACCAACCCUGGAGCCAACGGCCUGGCUGAGCUGCAAUUGGAUUCCAUCGACCAAGUCUGGCCAGUGUUGCAGAAGGUGCUGGAUGCUCACAACCCAAGAGCUCACAGUACCACUAGCCAGACCUUGCCCGCAGAGAUCCCAUUCUGGGGCGGCUUUGCAGGGUAUGUAUCAUACGAGGCUGGGUUGGAGACCAUCCAAGUAGACUCUCAUCGGCCAUCUGAGAUCCCUGAUAUCAACUUUGCGUUCAUCCAACGCAGCAUUGUUAUGAACCACGAACAGGGCCUGGUAUAUGUUCAGUCUCUCCACCGUGAUGAUUCGGACUGGGUUGCAGAAAUCGGUGGGAUCAUCCAACAGCUUGAGGUUGGAGACAGACGUCCAGUCGAAGAGGAUCAGAUAUUGCAACAUGCCAUCAGAAAUGCACAAGUCACCAAGCCACAGGGAGUGGAGUAUAAGCAAAAGGUCUUGGAUUGCCAAGAGUUCUUGAGGUCCGGGGAUUCUUAUGAGCUUUGUCUUACUGACCAGACAGAAAUUCGACUCCCCGCUGUUAAUGGAAAGCCCCCAAGUUGCUGGAAUAUGUACAAGCGCUUGCGGCAAAUGAACCCAGCACCAUUUGGCACCUUUCUCAGCUUGAAUGGAGUCACAGUAGUCGGAAGCAGCCCCGAACGUUUUCUCAGCUGGGAUAGAACCGGCCACUGCCAAUUUCGACCUAUCAAAGGCACCGUCAAGAAGUCCGACUUCACACGAAAAGAAGCAUACGAAAUACUUGGAAGCUCAAAGGAGCAAGCUGAAAACCUCAUGAUCGUCGAUCUGAUCCGACAUGACCUAGGCGGUGUAGUCGGCGCGAGUAAUACCUGGGUGUCUAAGCUCAUGGUAGUUGAGGAGUACGCAACAGUAUACCAGCUGGUCUCAGUGAUCGAGGGACAGUGCAUCCCGAGCAACCCCGCCUCGAGCACACCUUGGACCGGCCCCCGCGGCCUCGACGUGUUACGAGCAUCGCUUCCUCCUGGAUCCAUGACUGGUGCCCCAAAGAAGCGCUCAUGUGAGAUAUUGAGAGAUCUGGAGCCGAGGAAUCGGGGCAUCUACUCCGGCGUCCUGGGCUACUUGGAUGUCGGCGGCGGCGGCGAUUUGUCCGUCGUGAUUCGCACCGCUGUCAACGUGGACACUACCGGUGACGCUGACAAGUCCCACUUUGGCACACAAAGCGGGACUGGGGCUGAUCACAGCUCGCAUUCUGGUGAUACCUAUCGCAUCGGAGCGGGUGGCGCGGUGACAAUACAGAGCACUGAUGAGGGUGAAUUUACGGAGAUGGAUGUGAAGUUGUCGAGCGUUCUGAGUGCUUUCACUGCUGCUGAGAAAGAUUAG